UAAUUACGGUUUAAUCAAUAUAGAGUGCAAGGACGUUACAAUAACAGACAACAGAAUACAGUGUGUGAUUCGCGAAGCACACUCAUCCAAAAAAGGCGUCAAUAGUGUCGACAAUGUUUGUUGACGUUUUAUCGGAUUUCCCGAUAAUCCAAUACGUUCGUACAUGCAUGUAGAUAAUUUAGGGCGCGUGUUUAAAGCCUCCUUCAGUACCAAUACAUCAGCAUAAAACCUGACCUAUAUACCGCAAGGCAGCGGGGUCGUACCACGGCGCGCCGGGACGGCUUCGUCGCGGACGUUUGCGAAUCUUUGCCGCUACGCCGCCGGAAUCAAUAGACGUGAAAUAGUUCUGUUUGUUGUUGCAAUGGAGUUCGGAAACACUUACGAGAGGCGCUCGAGAUAUAAUAGGCAACUCCAGCAAUGGAGCCCCGUAAAGGACACUGCGGGGUCCCCGAGCGUGCCUCCUCAGGUGGGCUACUGCUUCCACUCGCCAAAAAAGCAUCCUUGGCGGCCUAUCAUGGGCUACGAGGAGAUCGAAGUCACACCUAUGCCAGCUCAACCCAUAACCAACACAAUGGUGGACCCGUGCUACACCCCCGCCGGCAUGGCCGCUGAACCGCUCCGCUUUCCCAACCUGGUGACCGGCUUCGACCGGAGCCCCGAGCACGCGGCCCGCGCCGCCCUCUAUACACGCUACACCCAGUAUGAGUGGAAUCAGAACAGCAUCAAGAACUAUAACGAGUCUGAUGCCAAGAGAAACUUCUCGGAGCGAGUCAGAAACGAUAUCAUGCGAAUGCUCAGGGAAACUGAUGAGAUUGGAACACAAGGCCAGAGAGAUUCAGGUCGAAGGAUCGGUGAGCGAAUCACCGAUACGACCUUCUGGCGUAAUGAGGUGUCGAUAGAAAUGGAGCGUCUAGUAGCAACUUGUGAGAAGCUCAACGACACUCGAAGGCAACUGGAGCGUGCCAUCGCCGGUAUCGAAGGACCACUUCACAUCGUGCAAGAAUGCUUGUAUCACCGAGAGAAAAGGCAGGGUCUGGAGCAAGUACACGAUGCUGUGGAACAAUCUUUGUUGAAAGAAGUUGCUAUAUUGCGCGAGUGCCAGGACAAGUUUAGGAGUAUGCUAGAAAAGGUGCGAGCUCAAUCGAAGAACUGCAGAGCAACGCAGCAUGAGCUGGAGACAGACAUGCGGAACAAGGAGUACGCGUUGGGUAUCGAUUCCAUGUGUCAUCAGCUCAACAACUUCUCAAAGGGCCUGCAAUUUUACGCGGGCAUCGAGCGCUACGACCCGACGGUGUGCGAUACGGCGCGCUGGGCCGCCGCCUCCGCCGCCACGCUGCAGCGAUCGCAGUCUGAACGAGCCAAGGCUGUACAGAUGCUCUCUGACACUGAGAACCUGAUCAACGUAUCAGCGACACAGAUCUGGGACCAAUGGAGCAACACAAACAGUGCGUUCACGCGCCGCAUCGCCGAGACCAUCGAGAUCAAGAACAAACUGCAACUGCAUCUGCACAAGAUUCAGCAGGAGAUCUUCGACGUGGAGAAGACGCUGGAGCUACUGAACAAAGCCAUCGAGGACAAGCUGCAACCCAUGAAGGUGGCUCACACGCGGCUGCAGGCGCGCACCAACCGCCCGCACCUCGAGAAGUGCCGCGACGAGGCGCAGAACAGACUGGUGAAAGAAGUCUGCGACCUGCAAGAGACGAUGGAGACUCUCCGCUCCAAGAUUGCGACAGCCGAGGGUACGCACCAGACCCUCCUCGGAGUCCGAGCAGGCCUGGAAGCAGACCUCCGCAACAAGACCACCACGCUGUUCAUCGACCGCGACCAGUGCAUGGGGCUCCGCCGCGGGUACCCCGUCACGGCUGCCAUCAAGGCUUAGAUAACUUUUACUUGUACUGUACACACAGUGAUG